AAAAAUUACACACUCUGAUCUAUUCUAGAAUUUAUCCAUUGAUCCAUACGGCAAAACAUGGUCCAUGUGGCGUCAGAGUGAAGUAAAUUUUACAUAUAUUUUGUUGUAUAUAAGAGAAAGAAAAUGUCAAACGAAAAUGAAAGCAACGCGAGACUGUUUCAAACGAUCGGUUUGAGCGAGCAGAAGGCUAAGGAAACUGUAAAAAACGCAAAUGUCUCCAAAAAUCUUAAACUGGCUAUAAACGAGGCUGCUAAAGAUGGGCCUAUCUCGCAGGAUGUUGGUGUUUUGUUGUAUCAUUUAGCUUCCAAGAUUAAGAACCAGAUUGCAAAUAAGAUACCAUUUAUUACUAAUUAUGUUAUUGAAAAGAAAUUAGAUACUAUACAGAGGAUAGAUGCUGCUUUGUCUUAUCUGCUAGCUAAUAUAAAUAAUGACAUUAAUAUAACAAAUUUUGAAGAAUCUUGUGGUAUAGGAGUGAUAGUUUUACCUGAACAAAUAGAGGAAGAAGUGGAAAAAGUCAUAAAAGCAUACAAAAAUGAGAUAUUAGAAAAAAGAUACCGUUUCAAUUCUGGUCCAUUGAUGCAGCAAGUACGUAACAUUCUAAAAUGGGCAGAUGGUAAAGCAGUGAAGAAUGAAUUUGACAUCCAAAUUCUUGAUUUAUUGGGCCCGAAAACUGAUGCUGAUCUUACACCAGCAUCUAAACAGGUAAAACAGCCAAAGGACAAGCAAACAAAAGCAAAGAAAUCUGAAGCUGUGAAAGAAGAACAAAAGGAGACAUUAAAUGGUGAAAAAGUAGAAGUACAGACAAUAAGUGAACUUAUGAAAAACAAGGUUAACUUCCACAAGCCUGGAGAAAAUUACCAAACUGAGGGAUACAUUGUAACGCCAAAUACGCAUUAUUUGCUACAAGAACAUCUGAAAGUUACCGGUGGCAAAGUGAGAACCAGAUUUCCACCCGAGCCCAAUGGCAUUUUGCAUAUUGGCCAUGCAAAAGCAAUUAAUAUCAAUUUUGGAUACGCCGCUGCUCACGACGGCAUAUGUUAUUUGCGGUACGACGAUACGAAUCCUGAGAAAGAAGAGGAGAAGUUUUUCGUUGGAAUACGAGAUAUGGUGGAGUGGCUCGGCUACAAACCCGCUAAGAUCACCCACUCGUCGGAUUACUUUCAGCAACUGUUCGAGUGGGCUGUAAUAUUGAUAAAGAAAGGUUUGGCCUACGUCUGUCAUCAGUCUAGCGAGGAUAUAAAAGGUUUCAAUCCUCCGCCGAGUCCUUGGCGCGACAGGCCAAUUGAAGAAAGCUUGCAGCUAUUCAAUGAUAUGAAGGAUGGUUUAUUGGAAGAAGGAGAGGCGACAUUGCGUAUGAAAGUAACUCUGGAAGAAGGCAAGCAGGAUCCCGUCGCGUACCGAAUAAAGUACUCGCCUCAUCACCGAACCGGCGACCAAUGGUGCAUCUAUCCGACUUACGAUUACACCCAUUGUUUGUGCGACAGUAUCGAGAACGUGACUCAUUCUCUCUGCACAAAAGAAUUUCAGUCGCGAAGGUCGUCUUAUUACUGGCUCUGCAACGCUUUAGAUAUCUACUGCCCCGUUCAGUGGGAGUACGGUCGAAUGAAUGUUAAUUAUACCGUAGUUUCUAAGAGGAAAAUCGCCAAGUUGAUACAAGAGGGAAUCGUUUCCGACUGGGACGAUCCUAGAUUGUUCACAUUGACCGCCUUGCGUAGACGUGGUUUUCCACCAGAAGCUAUAAAUAAUUUCUGCGCUCAAAUGGGCGUAACCGGUGCACAGGCAACUGUCGAUCCAGCGGCGUUGGAAGCGGCCGUCAGAGAUGUUCUGAAUCUCACCGCUAUUAGAUCCAUGGUCGUUCUGGAACCUAUUAAAUUGACCAUCAAAAAUUUCCCUCAAGAGAAAUCCAUCAAGCUAACUGUACCGGAUUUCCCCAACGAGCCGGAGAAGGGACAUCACGAAAUCACGUUUGACGAGAUCGUGUACAUAGAGGCUUCGGACUUUAAGGAGAUUGAAGAAAAAGGAUUUAGACGUCUAACACCAAAACAGCCAGUGGGUUUGAAGCACGCGGGUGUUGUGUUGACGUUUCAAAGUAUCGAGAAAGAUGCUAGUGGUACUAUUACGAAUAUAACUGUUAAGCAGGAGCUUGUAUCGGAAAGUAAUAAACCAAAGGCAUUUAUACACUGGGUAUCUCAUCCAGCGUUGGCAUCCGUUCGGCUGUAUGAGCGUUUAUUUAAACACAAAAAUCCGGAAGACACGAACGAAGUUCCGAACGGAUUUUUAAGUGACAUCAACCCAGUCAGUAAGAAGGAAGUUGUAGCGUACAUGGACGCGAGUUUGGCUGGCACGGCGAAAGUGUACGAUAAAUUUCAGUUUGAGCGUAUAGGCUUUUUCUCUGUAGACCCUGACACCAAACCCGGCAAGCUUGUUUUUAAUCGCACUGUAACAUUGAAGGAAGAUGCAGGGAAAGUAUAAGUGCUUUUAAACAAAAUCAUCAUGGAUACAAAUGUGCCACUUUUGCUUUAAUUUUUGUAAAAUGUGAGAUGAUAAUGUGUUCAAUAAUAUGAGUUUUUUUAGACAUAUUUAAUAAAUUAUUGAAUCAUUAA